AUGACCUCGCCGACGCGCCCGCAGCGCGGGGAGUCGAAGUGGGCGACGAAGAAGACCGCGGACGUCGCGCCGGCGCCGGCGAUCCCACCCACUCCGAAGACGUCGUCGUCGAAUUCUCCGAUCGACCGCUUCCGCGCGAGCGUGGAAGCGCGCGACGACGCCGCCGCCUGCGCGGCGCUCGACGAGGUCGCGACGCGAGCGAGAGACGCCGCGACGCGCGCGUCGCUCGCGCGCGAAGGCGCGCCCGUCGUCCUCGCCGCCGCCCUCGCCGCGGUCGUCGAGAUCGAAGCCCCCUCCGCGUUCGCGUCUCGAUCCGCCUAUCUCCUUCCGCUCCUCCGCGCGCUGCGAAACUGCGUCGCGGGCGAGCCCGUCGCGCGCGGCGGCGCGUGCGGCGCCUCGACCGGCGUCCACGUCCUCCCGAACGCGCUCCGUCGCCUCCUCCCCGCGCUCGCGACCGCGGCGGAGCGCGCGACGGACGAGAACGACGACGCGGUGAGCGAGUUGGUCGUCGCGACGCAGCUCGCGUGCAACUGCGCCGUCGGCGGCGGCGCCGACGCCGACCUCGUGUGGCGCGCGGUGUUCCCUGACGGCGUCGCCGCCGUCGCGGCGCUGAGAGGACCCGCCGCGCGGCGCGCGCACCCGCCGCUGUGCAUGCUCGCGCACGCGCGCGUGAUGAGCGGCGGUCGCGGUCGAGAGGAGAGCGGGGAGGAGGUCGGGGAAGAAGCCAGGGACGCCGUGGACGACGACGACGUCGUCGGGUUUCGCGCGGGACGCGCGCUGUGGUCGCCGUUGCUCCGCGCGGCGUGCGACGACGCGAUCGGCGCGGGAGGCGGCGGCGGCGGGGAGUGGUUGCCGCGGUUUGUGAGGGCGGCUUGCACGCACGGCGGGGAGCGGUUCCCGGCGCUGUGUCGGUCGCUGCCGAGAGGCGCCGCGGACGUCGCCGCGGCGAGGGACGACGCGUUGCGGAGGAAAAUUUUAGCCCUCGCCGUCGAUGGCGGCGGCGGCGCGAAGAUCACCGAGCUCCCGGACGAGACCACGACCGAGAGGUUCUCCCUGACGCAGGCGACGCUCCUCGCGCUCGUGCACGAGGAGAUCGGGAGCUCGCCGCCGCCGCCGCCGCGACGCGACGCCGACGCCGACGCCGCCGCGCCCGGCUCCGCCGAACCGCCGGCGCCGUCGCCGUUGUCCGACGGCGCGCUCGCGUAUCUUUUGGACAUGACCUCGCGCGCGGCCGCGGCGGUGCACGCGUCGGCGUCGGCGUCGACGGAGGUGAAGGCGAUUCCGGCGGCGAAUCCCGACGACGACGACGACGACCAGCCGGCGGCCGCCGCCGCCGUGCUCCGCGAGAGCCUCAAACUCGUCCGAAGACUCACCGAGCUCGAGAUCCGCCCGUCGUCGAUGAACACGCCGCAUGACGUCGUCACCGCGCUCGCCGCGAUGGGCCUCCCGAGACUCCUCCUGGGCCUGACCGCGGCGCUCCCGCCCCCGAUGGGCGCGGGAAACACGUCCAAGGCGCGAGGGCCGACCGCGGCGCCGAGGUUGGACCCGGACGUCGUCGGGGGCCCCGCCGCGUUGCGGGACGGCCACGCGCCGUUUCCGACCGCGCGGCCGUGGCCGGGGUACCGCGUCGACGCGCUCGCGCCGCUCGCGAACGCGAUGUUUAACCGCCCGGGGGUGUGCGACCAGGUCGUGAAGCUCGGGGGCGUGCCGAUCAUCCUCGCGGCGACGCGUGGGGAGGAUGGCGAGGAUUUUCUGCGCGAGUGGGCGCUGUGGGCGACGCGGAACCUGUGCCACGGGAGCGAGGACGCGAGGAAGGAGAUCGAGUCGAUGCAGCCGGAAGCCGCCGCGGACUCGCAGGAGCUCGCGGCGAUGGGAUUGAACGUGAGCGUCGACCCCGCGACCGGGAAGGUCAGGGUGAAGUCGAUCGGGAAGGAAGGCGGCGCGGGGGAGCGGUACGACGGCGUGGGGACCGGCGGGACCGGCGGGGGGGGGUCGGCGGCGGCGGCGGCGACGACGACGACGACGGCGACGGCGACGACCGCGGGGACGGCCCUGGGGCCCGGGGAGCUCCUCAUGACCCCGGGCGGGGCGAGAACGCCCGCGGGGAGGGCCGUCGCCGCCGCGCUCAUGGCCGGGUUCGACGCGGACCAAUUUAAAGACGCGGGGGACGACGACGACGACGACGUGGACGUUCCCGCGCACUGGAAAGUCGCCGACUUGAGCUAA